AUGCAUAUGUAUCCAUCUUAUUUUCAUGUUAGGUACACUGCCGAUACAUAUGGUCACUAUCAAAAAGCUCAGAAAAGUCUUUAUUUCAAUGAUAAUGAGGAAGUAACUUAUGGUAUCGAUUUUUCUGAUUUCAAUGAAGCCGUUACACAAACAGAUUUUAUUCUUAAUGACAAUGGAAUCAAAAUCAAUAUGAAAUUGAUUGCCGGUUUUCUGGGCAUCGGACAAAAUCCAACAACUAACGCUCUUCGACCAAUUCUUGGCUGGUUGACAGCUAUUCCAUCAGUCAAGCCUCCAGUGAGAAGAAGAACUUUAGAUGAAAUGUGA